AUGAGGAAGCGCAAAGCAGUCUCCCGAACCGAUAAGGUUCCCAAGAAGCGAACGGAAGAAGACAGUAGCGACGACGAAAAACCAAGCGAAAAAAACCAAGCGACCUCGCAUGCCACUCUAGCGAUCGAGAUUCCUUUGAGCACUUUAUGGAGAAGCAACAAAUCCAAACCUAAGCCAAGCUGGCUAAUGAAGAAGACAUCAUCAGGUUGGAUCCGCAAAGCAGGGGAGAAAGGCCAAGUGUUUACUAGAGAGGAUAUGCAAGAAUUUGAGAAUGAGGUCUUAAAGGAACUGGGAUAUAUCUAG